AUGUCUUACAAGCAAGACCCAAUCGAGCUCACCAGUCCUUACGCACAACCCAUUUCCGAUCCUUACCAGUAUGAGGGUCUCUCACACCAAAGCCUGCCUUCUCGCGCGCCAUUAGACUCUCUUCACCGUAAGCGAUCUUCCGCUGGCGGUUACAAUCCCAUCCAUGGCGCUGGACCACCCGACCAUGUCCGCUACUCGCAGCAUAUCCCACAGCAGAUCCAGGAAUUCGCCGAAGAUCGAUUUCAGCCAAGGUCAAAGGAACUGGCCCCAGGGCGCAUAGGGAAAUUUGGCGCAGACUUACUGCUUGAGAUUGUGGUUUGCGCCUUCGCUGUGCUUGUCACGGUGCCCUUUUUAUGGCUUGCUGUUGCCAUGUCAAAGUACCAUCAUGAGGGGGUGACGGAAUCGAGGUCGAACUUCAUCAAGCAAUCUACUGCAACCGCUUCAACGUUGUUCACCAUUCUAUUUGCUGCGGUCUUGGGUUCGACUUUGAAGCGACUGGCGACAUGGCGCUUGCAGAAUGGGAUUCGCCUGGGCCUUCUAGAGCAAAUCAUGCAGAGCCGAACGGUUUUCGCUGCCCUUACCACCAUGGUCUCAUUCAGGGCGCUGAAUCUUACAGCUUUCAUCCUGUUCUUCGCUUGGGCGUUUUCUCCCCUCGGGUCCCAGGCAUCCUUGAGGCUGAUCAGCACAGGAACGCUGUUCACAGAAGAUUCUUCUUUGGUUAGCCAUGUUGACACGAUAUCGAACAAUCUUUUCGACUCCGUUUCCGGCGUUUCUUCUCUCCUCACUUCGCUCAAGCCCAGCUAUGUCAGCUGUGUGCUUGGCCCUUCGAGUUUGAAAGCUAGCUCAAUGGAUCUUUAUGGAAAUCCUCGAAUUCCAUGGCUCAGAACUGAUGUUGAAAAGGACGAAAACGGAUGGCAAGAUCUGUCGAAGGUCAACCUUACCGAAGGCUCCUACUCCUCGCUUGUAGGUGUUCGUGUUGCUCCACUAGCCAAUCGCAACUCCAGCUUUGUCAUUGAAACGAGCUAUGUGAACCUAGAUUGCGAGAAACCGAAGAACGGGACUUUAGUCGACAUCUCCUUCAAUGUGACGGCCGGUAUUAAUGGUACCUUCUCGGGGCCAAAUACCACAGUGGGAGCCGUUGAUAGCGGCAUCUAUCCAUCCUGGCAGGUCGCCAUGGACCAGUAUGUAAGCAAUGCUUACUUCUGGGGAUAUCCUGAACUCCUGGCCAACAGCUCGGAUGCCGAUAUCCCACAAGGCACGAUGCUUUGGCAAACACCACACGGACCCUGGGAGUCUCGGUGCAAGAUCAGUCAAGAAUACGUUGAGUCAAAUGUCAGCUGCUAUUCCAUCGCGGAUGUAGAGCUUCCAAACUGCGCUGUAACAUCCCAGCGGGUGUCACCCAAGAGACACGCUCCGUCUACAGUCACAAUCUUCAGUUUUGCGUCAACCUUUAGUUCAAUGUCCAGUGCUUGGAUCUUGGCCACCGAUCCCCUCACGAGUAGCGGCUACUCUUCCUUGAGUGAAUACUAUCUCCAGAAUACAAGUGCUUCAUUCAUCCUGAGCGGCAAUGGAAGAUACUACGCCGAUUAUACCAAUGUCACUGCUGAAGAAUUUUCGCAACGCCUUGGACAGCUUCUUAACAGUUGGGCGCUUGGGAGCCAGAUAUCAGCUGACACCAUGCAAUACUCUUUAGACUACCAAAACACCACGGUUUUCUAUAGAGAAGGACGCCCAGUCUAUAUUUGCUCUUGGGCUUGGUUGGCAGUUUACUGCAUCGGAAUAGCGGUCAUGUUCACCGCCGCCUUGCUCAGUAUUUAUUGUGCUUUCAACACCACCAUACCAGACAUCUUGAGCUACUGUUCAACGCUGACGCGGGACUCGCGAUUCUUUAGUUCUGCAACCGGUGGAAGCACCCUCGACGGACUUGUCAGAGCCAAGAUUCUGCAAGAUGUAGAAAUUAGGCUGGGUGAGGUCGCUGAUCAGUCGGAAAACAGUCUCUCUGGUAGAGAUGGCUUUCAAAAUUCGGUACCUGGAGAUCAGGGGCCAAGGUAUCUCGCCAUUGCACCACCGGAGUAUCUGCGGCCACCGCAGCGUGGUACAAUCUACGCUUGA